AUGUUGCCUUCUCGCAUUCUUGUUCCUCCGGUGCUAGGUCUUCUCUCCGCCGUCGCGUGCUUGAAUGCCUCGCAUUCCACCUGGUAUACAUCCGGUGCGUCGGAUUUCGCCUCGAUCUUGCCGAUCGGAAAUGGCCGACUAGCAGCGGCGGUGUGGGGGACUCCCGUUGAGAAUGUGACCUUGAAUGAGAACUCCAUCUGGGGCGGUCCGUUUAAAGAGCGCGCGAACCCUGAUGCUUUCAAGGCCCUAGCGGACGUCAGAGAGUUGCUCGAGAAUGGCAACCUGACCGAGGCCGGCCAGCGUGCUCUCGCCGAUAUGGUCGCCAUUCCGGACUCCCCGCAGAGCUAUCAUCCUCUUGCUAGCUUGAUUCUGGACUUUGGCCAUGAGCGAGAGGGAAUAGAAGACUAUGUCAGAACGCUGGAUACUUAUAGUGGAACUGCGGCGGUUAGCUAUGUGUAUGAUGGGGUCAAAUAUACGCGAGAAUUCGUUGCGAGUUACCCUGGAGAUGUACUUGGGUUUAGGGUCUCGGCUAGUGAGAAGGGAAGGCUGGAUGUGACUGUUUCUUUGGAAAGGGAGAAAUAUGUCUUGCGGAAAGAGGCGGAAGAGGUUGAUGGAGUCGGCAAGGUGCUUCUGCAAGCCAGUACAAGCGAUGAUGAGAAUCCAAUCGAGUUCACUGCUGGCCUGCGAGUCAUCGCGGAUGGAGGAAAUGUCUCGAGCAAUGGCUCCUCGAUUAGCGUGCGUUCUGCGUCGAUUGUGGACAUAUUUUUCGAUGCAGAAACAUCGUACCGCUACGAUAAUGAAAAGGAACUGGAGGCUCAAUUGAGAAAUACACUGGGCACCGCAGUCGACAAAGGAUACCCUGAUCUUAAAGAAGAAGCCAUCACGGAUUAUACUGCUCUCAUCGGCCGUGUGAAUCUAGAUUUAGGCUCAUCCGGAUCGGCUGGAAAUCAAACAACGGACAUGCGAUUGAAAAGCUACAAGGAGAACCCCGAUGACGAUCCAGAGCUUGUCACUUUGGUGUUCAACUUCGGUCGCCAUCUGCUGCUUGCUUCGUCGAGGCGCUCGGUGUCUCCGUCGUUACCAGCCAACCUGCAGGGAAUCUGGAAUCAAGACUACAGCCCUGCAUGGGGAGGCAAGUACACGGUAAACAUCAAUCUGGAAAUGAAUUACUGGCUCUCGCAAGUCACGAAUCUCGCCGAAACCUUCGAGCCAUUCGUUGAACUAUUGGAGACAGUUCGUCCGCGCGGAGAAGAAAUGGCCAAAAGCAUGUAUCACUGUGAGGACGGGGGGUUUGUCUUGCAUCAUAAUGCCGACCUUUGGGGAGACGCGGCGCCCACUGACAAUGGCACCGCCUAUACGAUCUGGCCGAUGGGCGGUGCGUGGCUGGCGUCUCAAGCCAUGGAGCAAUACCGAUUCACUCAGAACAAGGUCUUUCUCAAAGAACGCAUUUGGCCUCUCUUGCAGAGUGCAGCCCGGUUCUACUAUUGCUACCUUUUUACCUUCGAAGGAUACUAUAGCACCGGACCGUCCUGCUCCCCUGAGGCCUCGUUCCUCGUGCCCGAUGGCAUGACCAAGACAGGCAGCAAGGAAGGCAUCGAUAUUGCCCCAACGAUGGAUAACUCCCUACUAUACGAGCUCUUCACAGCUGUCAAUGAGACAUGCGUCACGCUUUCCCUGACCGAGAACGACGAUGGCUGCACCACUGCAGCCAAGUACCUCGCCAAGAUCAAACCGCCGCAGAUUGGAUCGACCGGCCGGAUCCUCGAAUGGCGCGACGAAUACGAAGAAUCAGCUCCAGGCCACCGCCACAUGAGCCCAAUUGUCGGCCUUUUUCCCGGUUCUCAACUGACGCCAUUGGUAAAUGAAACCCUUGCCAGGGCCGCCAAGGGCUUCUUGGAUCAUCGUAUUGAGCACGGCAGCGGAAGUACCGGCUGGUCGCGCGUCUGGACAAUGAACCUCUAUGCGCGCCUCUUUGACGGCGACGCCGUAUGGAACCACACCCAAACCUUUCUGCAGACCUAUCCGAGCUCGAACCUGUGGAAUACGGAUGGUGGACCCGGCACUGCCUUCCAAAUCGACGGUAACUUUGGGUUUGUGUCGGGCAUCGCGGAGAUGUUGCUGCAGAGUCACGAACUUGUGCAUUUGCUGCCGGCGCUGCCGUCGGCAGUCAAAACAGGGAGUGUUUCUGGAUUGGUUGCCAGGGGCAAUUUUGAGAUCAGUAUACAAUGGAAAGAUGGAGAGUUGGAGGAGGCGACGGUCCUGUCAAAGAGUGGAGGGGAGCUGGCGGUUCGGGUGCAGGGUGGACGGUCAUUCUCACUGGAUGGGGAAGAGUACACAGGUCCUAUUGCGACUAAGGCAGGGUCAACGUACAAAAUCAGCCUGUCAUAA